UUAUUUCGCUAAAACAAGAGAAUUGGUCGUCUAGUUCAACCAAGUCGAAAAUGGUUGCAGGAAAUCUAAACCUUGUGGGACUACUUUUGCUUGGAAGCAUUUUAGUGGUCAAUGCUUGUAAUAAUGGUUACGAGCUAAUAGUGCACAAAAUCGAGAAUUGCCAGGGAAGUGUUAUUACGAUCGAUCCAAAAUCUGAAGUGACGCUAACGGAAGACUGCAAAGUCAAGUCCAAGUCUACCGUGACCACAACGGGUUUCAAAGAUGCGGAAAUGACGGUGAAGGUGUUGAAAAAUGGCAUUCCGGUAGUGCAGGAGAAAAUGGAUCUGUGCAAUAUGAUGGAGGACUCCAAGAACAACAAGGAAGCCGCCGAAAUUAUGACCAUGUUUGGCGUGCCGGACGAAUGUCCAGUGGCAGCUCAGGAGAUCAAAACGGAUGAAAGUCAAGAGUACAGUUUGGAAAAGUACAAGAAACACCUGAUGAUGGCUGAGGGUCAAAUUAUGGUUGACUGUCACAUUAAGCACGACUCGGGAGAAAGCUGUGUCAAAAUUCAAAUGGAGGUCAAAAAGGCUGGUGGAAUGCUUGGUUAGGCAAAACUUUGGAGUUAUUGACAUCGAAUAAAAUAUAAUGCUUAUCAUUUCAUGAUUGGCAUUGAAGGAUACAAAUAAUAAUUGCAUAUCAAUCGAAUGACCUCAAAUGUAUUAUUCAUAAAUUUGUUAACUAACAACUAUUUUUGACACCGUCUACGCGUGAACCCAUCAUCAGCUUUUUGUAUGAUUAUGAAGAACACUCACAUAUUUUUCCUUGCGUAAAUAGCGUAGAUUGCCAAUUAUUGCAAG